AAAAAGAGUGCCAUUUUAAAGUAAUAUUGGGCAAUUUGUAAUUUUUGUCCUUUGAAUUGGGUCAUGAAUUGAGUAAAAAUACAUGGGCAAUUUGACAUAUACCUUAAAAACAAGGUCAAUAGGUCGAUCGUUGUAUGAAUCUAUAUAUAUAACUAGCCAACUUUAGAAUAAAAUUCUCAACCCAAGAACAUCAUUUUAUUAUUAGGGUUUUCAAUUCAUCUCCAUUCCCGCUUUCUGCCGAGUUGAAGUCCACGGUUGCAGGCAUUCAGCGUUUGCAUCCAUACAGUCAUUUGAAUUUGUGCGAGAAGUUUUUCAAUCCCUUUUAGCUAAAGAUGAGCCGGCCGUCCGAGCAACAUUCUACUGAUCAAAAAAAUGCAACAAAAGGAACUGAAGUUUUUGUUGGUGGGUUGGCCCGGAGCAUUUCAGAAGAGAAAAUCCAUAAGGUAUUCUCUUCUUGUGGUGAAAUUAUGGAAGUUCGUAUGAUGAGGGACCGGAAUGGCAAUUUGAAGGGAUUUUGCUUUGUACGUUUUGCGACAAAAGAAGAUGCAAACAAAGCUGUGAGGGAAAAAUCCGGCAUUGUGCUAGAUGGAAAGAAGAUUGGUGUUCUCCCGGCAAGCGAGCAGGAUACUUUAUACUUCGGAAACCUUAACAAAGCUUGGAGUGCCGAAGAAUUUGAAAGAAUUGUGCUGCAGGUUUUCCCGGACAUUGAAUCCGUUGAUCUUGUAAUGCUUAAAGACGCCCCUCCAGGUCAAAAGCACCGGAACCGUGGUUUUGCCUUUGUGAAAUUCCGCUCCCAUGCUGCUGCUUCACGUGCUCAACGGGUAGGCUCUCAACCAGAUUUUCGUCUUGGCAAUUUGCACCCAGCUGUUCAGUGGGCAGAAGAGGAACCUGAAAUUGAUCCAAAAGAACUUGCUAAGAUAAAAAUAGCUUUUGUCCGGAACCUGCCUGUUGAUGCAGAGGAGAACUACUUAAAAGAAUUGUUUGAGUCUUUUGGCAAGGUGGAGAAAGUAGUGGUGUCCAAAAAAGGAAGCUUCCCGGUUGGGUUUGUUCAUUUUGCUGAAAGAUUGGAUCUUGAAAGAGCUAUCAAGGAACUGAACGAGAAAACAGUUCAAGGACCUAAUGGAGCUCCAUUGUAUAAACUCCAGGUUGAAGUAGCACGGCCGAUGGAUAGAAGCAGGAAACGAAUUCGUGAGGAUUCGGAAAAUUCCUCAGUUCAAGCUCAUUUCAAACUUCGGAAGGAGGAACCAUCACUUACUUUGUCCAUUAGGGAUAGUUCCCAUGUCCAAAAGGAACUGGAAUCAGCUGACCCUUAUGAGGAUGCCGUCAUAUCAUUGCCUGUAGCUGUUAAAGAGCGCUUACUUGGAAUCCUUAGGCUUGGGAUUGCUACUCGAUUUGAUAUUGAUAUCAGAAGUUUACGCAGUCUCAAGGAAUUACCAGAGUCUAUUGCUAUAUCUGUCCUUGACCAGUUCAUGUUAUGUGGAGCCGGUUUGCAAAAUAAGGGAGAAUAUCUUGCUGGACUAAUUUCUAAACACCUAGUUGAUAAAGUGGGACAGACUCCGAGCUUAGUCAGUUUGUCAAAAGUUGCGGAUACUACUAGGAGUGAGCCCAGUUCAUUCAUCUUUUGGCAUCAAAUGUCUCCCUCUGCUUGUGGGCCUUUUACUUCUCAUGCACAUUCAAGCUCUGCAAGGUCUGACAUUCAUGCAUCAAACUAUUCAGCAGUGGACCAAGAUUUUCCUUUAUCAAGUCGAACACAGAUAGGAAGAGUGGAUGAGAAAGGUCCAGAGUUUCUUUUACCAAAUCGAUCGUUCUUUGGGUCCCAGAGUGUCCAGAUUCCUAGACUAGGAACAUUGGAGGCAAGAGGUCAUUCUGCCCUUAAGGCAACCCCAGGCGAAUCGAUAUCCUAUGGAUCCCAGAGCAUCCAGAUUCCUAGAAUAGGAACAUUGGAGGCAAGCACCCAUUCUCCCCUUGAGGCAACCCCAGGGCAAUCUAUAUCCUAUGGAAGAGUUGGACUAAGAGCUGAGGAAAGGCUUCGAUCUCAUGUCCAAGAAGGACCUGGAUCAUCUACAUCUUAUGCUAGACUUGGUUCCACAGGUGGACUAAGCGCUGAGGAAAGGCUUCUGUCUCAUGUGCAAGAAGGAUUCAGUUCACCUGUAUCUUAUGCUAGACUUGGUUACAUAGGUGGACUAAGAGCUGAGGAAAGGCUUCCGUCUCAUGUGCAAGAAGGACCCAGUUCAUCUGCAUCUUAUGCUAGACUUGGUUCCAUAGGUGGACUAAGAGCUGAGGAAAGGCUUCUGUCUCACGUGCAAGAAGGACCCAGUUCUUCUGCAUCUUACGUUAGACUUGGUUCCAUAGGUGGACUAAGAGCUGAGGAAAGGCUUCUAUCUCAUGUCCAAGAAGGACCCAGUUCAUCUACAUCUUAUGCUGGAGCAGGUAUAGGUUUGAGUCCCAACAUUUCAGUUGUCGGUGGUCGCCAAGCACCUCGACCUCAAAUUAGGUUUGAUCCUUUCACUGGUGAGCCGUACAAAUUUGAUCCAUUCACUGGUGAACCAAUUCGUCCAGCAAACGCGACGCGCCAAUUCUGAUUCUUCUAUGUUAAUGUGGGGUUCUGUAUUGAUUUCUCUGUUCUCUGGAUGUAAUCAAGCAGGGUUUAGAAAUAUUCAUACUGUAACAUUAUUAUGUUAUUUUUUUUCUGUAAUCGUUAUUAUGUUGAAACCACAGUAGCUUGCUUAUAAAAGAAAAAAACCACAGGACCUUUA